AAAACCCCUUAUUUUUUCUUUAAAACAAAACCCCGCCUGUCAACGCCUACUCGUUAUUUUGCGUUCCUCUCUUUUGAAUCCUACAACCACAAACCACCAUGAAGACAGUUACCUGCACGGCACCCGUAAACAUUGCAGUCAUCAAAUACUGGGGCAAACGCGAUACCGAACUCAUCUUGCCUACCAAUGACUCGUUGUCCGUGACGCUUUCUCAAGACAUUUUGCAUAGCAAGACAACCAUCUCGGCUGGCAAGGAAUACACACAAGAUCGUUUGUGGUUGAAUGGCAAGGAAGAAGACAUUACCAAGAACCGCCGCAUGCACAAUUGUUUCCGCGAGACACGCGCUCUUCGUCAAAAGAUGGAACAGACCGAUGCAAGCCUCGAGCCUUUGUCGACCUACCACGUUCACGUGUGCUCUGAAAACAACUUUCCUACUGCUGCAGGUUUGGCUUCGUCUGCCUCGGGUCUUGCUGCAUUGGUUUACACUCUGGCCAAACUUUUUGAUCUGAAUGUCAGCGUAUCUGAAUUAUCGCGAAUUGCUCGUCAGGGUUCUGGCUCGGCUUGCCGUUCGUUGUUUGGUGGUUUUGUUGCUUGGGAAAAGGGUGAGGCAGAGGAUGGUUCGGAUUCCAUGGCUGUUCAGGUGGCACCUGAAUCGCAUUGGCCCGAGUUGGAGGCAUUGGUAUGUGUUGUCUCGGAUGCCAAGAAGGGUACUUCGUCGACCGAAGGUAUGCAGCACACGGUCCAGAGCAGCCCCCUGAUGCAGGAGCGUAUCAACAAUAUCGUGCCUGGCCGCAUGGAAGCUAUGAAGAAGGCCAUCUUGGAGCGUGAUUUCCAGUCGUUUGCUGAAAUCACCAUGCGCGACUCGAACCAGUUCCACGCUGUCUGUCUCGACACAUUCCCCCCUAUCUUUUACCUCAACGAUACUUCGCGUGCCAUCAUUCGUCUUGUCACCGAGUACAACAAGUCGUCGCCCGAUGGCAAGUUCAAGGCCGCAUAUACCUACGACGCAGGACCAAAUGCAGUCAUUUACGCUCCCAAGGAAAAUAUGCGCGAAAUUAUUCAGCUCGUUUCUCACUACUUCCCCGGUCAGGCUUCAACCUACUUUACCGAUCCUUACAACGUCAUUGCUGGCGCACCUCUUGGUCAAGACUUUGUGCCACAAGGCCACUCGUCCUUUAAUGAAAACGCCAUUCCCGUCUUUGCUCCUGGUAGUGUGAGUCGCUUAUUGCACACCAAAGUGCACGAUGGCCCACGUGUCUUGACCUCGGAAGACGAUUCGCUCCUUAAUGCUGAAGGCUUGCCCAAGCGUACUGCAUGAAAAGACAACACAACCCUUUGAUUCUUUUUACUUUCUCUUUUACACGCUUAUAGUUUAUAAUCAUCCACUCUUUUUUCCCCACUAAUCGCUUCAUUGUGUUUGGAAUAAAAACAUUUCUUGUUUGGUACAUAUAUAUAACUAGUAACUAGUAUAUCUAGCGCAAUCAUUAUUUGUGAGGUAUCGUAUUA